ACGAAUCCUAAUAUUAACUUUUCCGUCGUGAGUAAACUGUAUCUUAGUGUCGUGAGGUACUAUGGACGCUGUUGCCACUCAACAGACACGCCUCGUAUAGUCUGGAUGUCACUCGAGGACAAAGGCUAUAUUUGUACAAGACUGCGCCUUUAUUCUCACACGUCAUCCUCCCCUAUAUAAGUCCCAGCCAACCGUACACCAUCAGCACAAUUAGGAGGAACGUUGUAGAAGCGCGUGAUUGAGGAUUACAGCAAAGUUUGGAUUUAAAGCUCUGUAUAGUCUAGUCUACAGGUUUACUUCACAAUGGCGGAUGGAGGCUGUGCCAACUGCAGCAAGGUUUUGCUGUUCAUUUUCAACUUCUUGUUUUUCUUCUCAGGUCUGGGCCUGCUGGGUGUGGGUGUGUGGGGCCUGGUGGACCCCUCCAUACGGUACCUGCUCCUGCUGGACCUCAGCUUCUUCAACACCGUGGCCAUCAUGAGUAUCGUCGGCGGCAGCCUGGCUCUGAUCGUCUCCUUCCUGGGCUGCGUCGGCGCCAUGAAGGAGAGCAAGUGCAUGCUCAUCACGUUUGCUGUGUGCCAAUUCAUCAUCUUUGGCCUGAUGCUCUCUGCAGGAAUUGUGGGGCUUGUUUACAAGGAUAGGGUUGUUACGGAGAUGUCAUCUUCGAUGUCCACCAUCAUUGACGGCACAGAAAAGUUUGAAGACAGGACAACUGAAUUCCAGAACUCCAUGAAGAGCCUACAGAUAAUCUUCAAGUGCUGUGGCUACAGCAGCUACAACAACUGGAGAAGCCCAGGAUCUGUGACGUCAUGUGACUGUAGCGGGGAGUCGGACACAGCCACGUACUGUGACGGUACUACGCCUGCGUACUACAGGGCUUGUGAGAGCCAGUUCACCGAUUACCUGUCCUGGGGCGUGCAGACCGUGGCUAUCGUAACCAUUUGUCUCUCCAGCAUUCCGCUGAUCGGAUUCUUCAUGGCUCUUUGUCUGGUCAACGGCAUCGGCAAAAACGACGUCGGGCCUGUGUAACCAUAGCAAGGGUUGCCGUGGAUACAUCAAACAACAGUGAAUCAAUGUCAACUUGUCAUGACAACCAGCGUCAAUUUCAGGGAUUUUGUUUGUGCAUUUCUGUUGUUGUGUACUUAUUUCUUAAUUCAGUAACGUUUCCGUUCCGUACUUUUCUUUGAUCUAAAAUGUUUGGAGUGCAGGGGUAUCCUUUGCAAUCGAUGUUUGCAUGAUUUGUAAAAAGACAAGGGCAAAUGAUAUGUCGCUUUAAUGUUGUUUUUAUAAGUCAGUAAAAGUAAUGUUGUCUAUAUUGCGAUAGUUGCUGGCAACGCCAUAUCAAUGCAGUGUGUACAUAGUAGACAUUAUCGUGAUUGUUGUGAAGUGAAUGCCUCGUCGCUUCUAUGAUAUUGCAAACGAAUAAAUUCAAGUUGAAGUGUA